GUUUCCAUAUAGUAGUAACCAGUUAUCAGAUUGUUAUUCAAGAUUUCAAGUUUUUGAAACCGCUUAAAGUGGAACUACAUGGUUCUUGAUGAAGCCCAAGCCAUCAAAAGCAUUAACAGUCAGAGAUGGAAGCUGCUGCUAGGGUUCAGCUGCAGGAACCGCUUGCUGUUGUCAGGGACACCAAUCCAGAAUAGCAUGGCUGAACUUUGGGCUUUGCUACACUUUAUUAUGCCCACACUCUUUGACUCACAUCUGUGGUUUAAUGAAUGGUUUAGUAAAGAUAUUGAAGGACAUGUAGAAAACAAAACCCAUGUUGAUGAAAAACAUUUAAAUCGACUACAUAUGAUCUUAAAGCCAUUUAUGUUGAGACGAGUAAAAACUGAGGUUGAGAAUGAGCUUACGGAUAAGAUUGAGAUAAUGAUGUACUGCCCCCUCACACUUCGACAGAAGUUUUUAUACAGUGGUCUUAAAAAUAAAAUUAGUAUUGAUGAGUUGCUGAGGUCAUCAAUGGGUCCAUCUUCACAGCAAUCUUCUGUAACUUCAUCACUCAUGAAUCUUGUCAUGCAGUUCAGGAAGGUUUGUAACCACCCUGAGCUUUUGGAACGGCUGGGAGGUGAGAUUCUCCUGACACCAUGCGUCUGA